CGGUGCGACGCGCACUGUUGCACUGUCGGGCUGCAGCGCGUCGGGCGACCCAGUGGGCCCAGGGCACUGGCAGAACGCAAACGUACUGUCCGAUGAGCGUCGGUUAGCCCACGUUGGGCGAACAGUGGACAAAACAGUGCCGUGGUGCGUGCGGAAACACGGAGAGGACGCAGGUUCACUUAAGCAAAGAAUAUACAAGCACCGUCUCACUAUUCCGAAGUUUUGUAACAGUCAAGUCUUCAGGGUGCCUCUGCGAAACCAAAGGAACUUCUGCCGACUUUCGCAGUGCAUCAUGAGUGACAUAAUUUGCACAGUUUGUAAAAAAGAGCUGGCAUCGGCAUCGGCGUUAAGGGUUCAUCUCCGAACGCACACAGGGGAACGGCCUUAUGCGUGCACCGUUUGUGGUAUGAAGUUCAGAGAUUCAGGCACCCUGCAAUCUCACAUGUGGACCCAUGCAGAGGAAAAGCCUUAUAAGUGUACAGUUUGCAACAAAACGUUCGCUCAAGCUAACUGCCUUAGAAGGCACCUGCGAACUCACACAGGAGAAAAGCCAUUCGAGUGUGCAGUAUGUAACAGGAAGUUUGCAGGUUGCAACAACCUACGCAAACACAUUCGCAUCCACACAGGGGAGGAGAGACCCUUUGAGUGUACGGUCUGUAAGAAGAGGUUUCUAACUAAGUAUUGCCUGCAAAAUCACAGUCGGGUACACACAGGGGAGAAACCUUUCCAAUGCACAGUUUGCGACAAAAAGUUCGGUUCAGAACAACAGCUCGUAAAGCAUGUGUGGACACACGUGGAAGCGCGCUUUGGUUGUACAGUCUGCGGCAAGAAGUAUAGAACGAGUUACUGCCUGAGAAGACAUGUCAAGAGCCAUUUAGGAGAGGAAUUACUUAAGUGUGAAAUUUGCGAGGAGAAUUUUGUCAAUAGGGAUGAUUUAAAAGCACAUGCUAUUCGUCCUCACACAGGUGAAACCUGCUUAAAGUGUGGUGUCUGUAAUGAAACAUAUCCGACCUGUACCGACUUCAGAAACCACCUCCUCGUCCAUGUUCGCGAGAAAAGCUUGAAGUGUGCAGUUUGCGAGAAACAGUUUACGAGUUUAGCGUCCCUCCUGAAGCACGUGCUAUGCCAUUCAAAGGAAGUCAAGGACUUUAAUUCAAAAGAUCCAAUCACAAAAAAUUCUGAAGGCAAUCCGGAGGAUAAGCCUUUCGAAUGCGCUCUUUGCCAGCAAACGUUCGCCCAAAGUAGUGGCCUUCAAGAACACCUUCAAAGUCAUACAGGAGAAGAUUCAUUCAUGUGUGAUUUCUGCAACAAGAAGUUUGCACAGAGAAGCACUCUGCAGGAACACAUGCGUAGCCACACAAAGCCACAUGAGCGCUUAGUCAAAGGGGUCAGGGGCUUGGGUGACCUGGAGGCCCACGUCUGGACCACUUCAGAGAAAAAGCGCCUCACGUGUUCCUUUUGCGAUAAAACGUUCGCCCAAAGCUGUUCUCUGAGACAGCACCUUCCAACUCAUACAGGAGAAAAGCCGUUCGAGUGUGAAGUCUGCAACCAGAAGUUUGCACGCGCUAUCAAUCUACAGACCCACAUGCGCGUACACACUGGAGAGAAGCCCUAUGAGUGUACCGUCUGCAGCAAGAGGUUUGCUCGCAGUGACAAUUUGCGAACCCACUGUCGCAAACAACACCUCAAAGCAAAAUAAAUGACAGCUUUGGCACAAUGACGCUGAAUAAUUGUGCGAUUCUAUGGGAGAAAUAAAUAUUGGCGUUGUUACAAAUCUUCCUGUUUUAACCCAUGAACAAAUUUUAUCAUUUGGUUUUUAUAUUAUUUUGUUAUAUUCUGCGAAUAGAGCCUUCGGUGUCGCGCCUUAACUUCAU